AUGACAGCCGUGGGCAUGAUCAUGAACAAGGAUGCUGCCGGGCCCAAAGCCCCUCUUCGCAGCGCCCUCAACGAAGCUGCCCAGCUCGCACCAUCCACUCGACCCCCCGCCUCAGGCACCAGCCUCCUGCGCGAUGAACCCCUGCCUGAUCCCUCCCCCGAGCCCCGUGCCGCUGUCUCACCCCCACCCACGCUCCCUGGUACCGUCGAACGUCGCCUCAGCCGGGUGGGGCCCGAGACCCCAGCCCCCAAGGACAGCCGCGCUAGCCCAGCCCCUCCCGGCUCUGGAGCUGGCCCCGACGACGAUCGGGCCAGCGUCGGGUCCACCUUGUCCCGUCGCCCUAGCAUGCUCCAGGAACAAAUGACCCUCGAGCGAGGCUUGGAGCGCCAACGCGAACGCCGCCAAUCCACCACCCUCAAGCGCCGAGAAAGCAUGGUCAGCAAUCAGAGCACCACCAGCACAGACAGCCGUACAAAGGGCCGCCGUGGCCAUCGCCGCCGUGCCUCCCAUCGCCGCCAGUCCGGCCAAAACUCAGAGAUACCCUCUGCUCAACCACAGCACACCUCGGCCAUUGCAUCCCGUGCAAACAUUGCCGGAAGCUUUUUUGGACGUCACAGCAGCGUAUCUCCCUCCACUCGAUCCGAAGCCUGGAAAGACGAGGAGGUGCAAGAAGUCAGGGAUGAGUAUUACGAAGAGGACGUCCUCUGCUGGCGUCUCUACGAUUGCACCGACUCUUUCCGCGCCAAGCUUUUGGCCUUCAUGACCCCCCGCCGUGUGCUCCAGUCUCGCGAGGAAACUCGCUGGGGCCGCUUUUGGGUCGCCAUUCUAACCGUCGUUGUCUUGUACAACCUCCUGGCCAUUCCCUUUCGCAUCGGCUUUCGAGCGACGUGGUACCAUCCCGACUGGAAAGCCUUCUUCUACACUUGCGAUUACGUCGGCGACGCUAUUUUGCUCUUUGACAUAUUCCUCAAUUUUCGCACCGUUUUCAUUUCCGAUGGCCUUGAAGUCAAAGACCCAGCUGACAUUGUGGUGCAUUAUGCACGCAACGGCUUCAAGUGGCAUUUCGUAGCCUCGUUACCCAUCGAUCUCAUAUUCUGGUACAAUCCUUGGGCCAAGGCCCUCUCCCGUCUCCCACGCCUCAUCCGUCUUUCCUCGACGCUGAAUCAACUCGACGAGCUCUCCCGUAGCACAGAGCUUGGUAACAUUAUUCAAAUCACAAAGCUGUUCUCGUCGGUGAUGAUUCUGUGUCACUGGAUGGCCUGUCUUUACUUUUUCGUCGCAUACCAUGAUGGCUUUGCACCAAUCUACGACCCGGAGAGCUUUACCCCUGCCGUGGGCGUGCGUCAUUGGAUCGUGUCCAGGCAAUACCUCUACGGCCUUUCAUGGAGCGUUGAUGUCAUUUCCGGUGCCUUUGUCAUCACUGCUCCGCCAUUCUCCGACCUGCAACGUGGUUUCAUGAUCCUCUGCGACUUUGCCCACGUGUUGGUGAUCGCCUUCUUCAUCGGUAGCGUCGAGCAGCUUCUGCUCGAGUGGAAUCGUGAUGCUGAAGAGUUUCGCGCGCGCAUGAUGAAACUGAACCAGUUUAUGGGCCGCCGGCAUCUUCACAAGGAGUUGCAGCAGCGCAUUCGCAACUACUAUUUCCAUGCAUGGUCUCGCCAAGGUGCUUUUGACAACCCUCAAAUUCUCCGAGACUUGCCCGUCAACCUUCGUACCGAGGUCAAUGUGUGUACACAUGGAAAGGUGUUGGCCAAGGUGCCCCUUUUCAAGUCACUGGACAAGUCUUUCUUGAACCAACUGACGGAGAAGAUCAAGCUGCGCAUUUAUGCGCCAGGCGAUCUCGUUGUGGCUGUUGGCGAGGAGGGUGAUGAAAUGUUCAUUCUCAAUCGCGGCAACGUGGACAUUGAAAAUCGUGAGGGCAAGGUCCUUGUCACCCUGGGAGAGGGGUCAGUCAUCGGCGAGGUUGCCUUCUUCUCUCCCAAUUCGAAGCGAACGGCUACCGUACGAGCCAAGACCUGGUGUGACUUUGCCUGCCUGGAAAAACAAGACUUUAUGGCUGUGGCUUCGCGCUUCCCCGAAGAGCGCAUGGCGGUCGAGUCCUUGGCUCAUGCUCGCCUGGCCAAGGAUUUGCUCCGGAAGAAGAUUAGCGACCAUCCCUUGUUCAAGGGCUGCGAGGCUGAUCUGAUUGCAAAGGUGGCCGACCGUUUUGGAUCUUACGAGUUUGUCGGCGGCGAAACCCUUUAUGUACAAGGAGAGCCCGCCGAUGCUUGGCUCUUUGUCGGCCUUGGCAAGGUUGUGGUUUCAGAGCAGGUCUUGGGUGUGACGAAGAAACACGACAAAACCGUUAAGACCGAGCUGGAGGCAGGUGAAUUUCUCGACGUCAUUGCCUUUAUGCAGGAAGGCAAGCGCAAGGACAUGUGCAAGGCCUUGGGCUCAGCUAGCAUCUUAGCUUUGGACAAGACGGCGUUUGAUCAGAUUCUCCUCGAGCAACAUGCCUUUGAUAUUGUCAACCAAAAUUCCCAGGAGAUUGCGCGUAAAGCCCGACUCGCGAGUGCAAAGCACAAAUUCAAGCGCGCCAUGGCUCGCCUUCGGACUUCCAACCUGCUGGGCAGCUCCGUCUCGAGGGAGCCCAGCAUUCGGGAAAGCGACUCAGACUCGGUGGCGGAUAUGCAGGCAGCUGGAGAGACUUUGAAGACUCUGUCGGAUGAGGUGCUUGACAGCAAGCUCAAGGAAGCUCUCAAGCUCAUCACCAACAUUAGCUCAGUGCGUACGCAGCGCUUGUCGGCCAAGCCAGCGUAA